AUGUUCAAUCCACAGCCACUUCGAGAUAACGGCUUUCGCAUACCUAUGCAGUGCAUUUGGUUAAAAUUAAAUGGUUGUUGGCCUCUAGAAACCAUUUCGCAGAAAUUAAGGCCAGCUUCACUGACGCGGAAGAACAUAUAUGGCUUAGCUUAUACUUUGUGGGCAUGGUAUGUUAUUAUAUCGGUGGGCAUUACAAUUAGCUUUCAAACGGCAUUUUUGGUCAACAACUUUGGGGAUAUUAUUAUGAUUACGGAAAGUUGCUGUACUACUUUAAUGGGUGCCUUAAACUUUGUUCGCUUAAUGCACCUACGACUGAACCAGCGAAAAUUUUAUGAAAUAAUUCAACAAUUCGUAGUCGAUAUUUGGAUACCAAACGACUCAAAUGUCAAAGUUUCCAAUGAGUGCCGUAAGUGGAUGAAUACCUAUCGAGUGAUGAGUGUUUUGCUGUCUUGCCUUAUACUCAUGUAUUGUAUACUGCCACUGGUGGAGCUAUUCUGGAUUGUUGGCAUCGACGCAUCGACUAAGCCAUUUCCAUAUAAAAUGCUCUUUCCUUUCAACCCGUACAACAAUUGGAUACCAUAUUCGCUUACGUACAUAUUUACAGCAUAUGCCGGCAUUUGUGUAGUUACAACACUAUUUGCUGAAGAUUCUAUAUUUGGAUUCUUUGUAACAUACACAUGCGGACAAUUUCGCCUACUGCAUGAGAGAAUUGAUGUUUUAAUGGAUUCCACAAAUGUACAAAUGUGCCCAAAAUCUAACAUAAAACAGUUUCACUUAAAACAAAUACGAGAGCUUCACAGCAUUGCCCAUCAUCAUAACAAGAUUAUUUGUUUUGCUAAACUGUUGGAAGAUUUUUUUAAUCCCAUACUUCUUGUGAAUCUGACCAUUUCGGCACUUCUUAUUUGCAUGGUGGGUUUUCAGCUCGUUACUGGUAAAAACAUGUUUAUUGGCGACUACAUUAAGUUCGUCGUUUACAUCUCAUCGGCAAUAUCGCAGCUAUACAUACUUUGCGGCAACGGUGAUACAUUAAUACAACAUUCAACAAUCACGGCUUAUCAUCUUUAUAAUUGCGGCUGGGAAGGAACAUCCAAAAUACCGUACAACAAAGAGUUCCGCACAAGCUUAGAAUUUAUGAUACUUUGUAGUCAGCGACCUGUGAGAAUAACAGCUUUUAAGUUUUCAACUUUAUCCCUUCAAAGUUUUGCUGCGAUACUUAGCACUUCAAUGAGCUAUUUUACAUUGCUCCGGUCGCUUUAUUUUUGACGAUCAAUAAUAAAUAAACUCAAAACAUUGGCAACAGUUGAAAUCAUCUUGUAAACAAUAUAUAAAUAAUUAAAAAUAAU